AUGGAGGAGUUUCCAUGCAGCGGCGAUCUCGUCGCCGUCCAGAAAGGUGCAAACCCUGGGAGCAUGAAGAAAGCGUUGGAGCUGCUCAAGCGGCGGGCGGUGAAGAUCACGGGCCGGUCCCUAGAUGGUGGAGUGGCGGCAGAGGUUCAGAGCGAGCAAGGCGGGAAAGCCUACACUGUGCGGCUGGGGCGCACGUCAAUCGCUGGAGCAGGGGAGGUGGAUGCCCGCUGCGGCUGCGUGGACUUCAGAACGCGAGGGGGACUGUGCAAACACGGCACGGCCGCUGCAUUGUUCCUCAUCCAAGCAGGCCACGAACUUCCCCAGUUGGCCACCCAAGCCUCCGCGCCCUCGAAGCGGCACCGCUCGGAGCGCCCACCGGCAACACCCACACGCAACAAACUCUUCGAGCCCGGCUCUGUCAGCUCUCCCGAGGAGGUGGACGAAGCCCUGCCGGCUCUGAAGAGGCCGCAGUUUCCCCAGGCACGGGCAGCAGCCUCUGCCGCAGUGAGCCAAAUGCAGCGAGUCUUUUUCCUGCGGCAGCUGCAGACUGCAGCCGCGGCAGGCAAUCACGCUGGCUUCAUCAGAGACCUGCAGCGGAUUCAUGAGCCGAUCGGUGAAACCGAAGUCGCCGAGCUGCUGCACAAGGCCAUCUGUGGCAGUGACGCAGCAGGCGCAGAAAAGGUGGUUGUGGGGCUGCUCGCUGCUCGACCCGAAGCUGCGGCAGCUGCUCGUGCAGGCGCCCGCGACGCUCUCGGCCGCACUCCUUUGCAUGCAGCUGUGGCAGCCAACAGGCUGGAAGUUUGCCGAGCUCUCCUGUCAGCAAAUGCCGAUCCUGGGCAACUGGAUUCGCACUCUAUCUCGGCCUUGGAGCUGGCGGCGCAGAGGAAGCUGGACACUUCGAAAGGUAACUGGCGACAUGAAGCCGAUCCUUUUCAUGAGCUCCUGCAGGGAGCUGUGGCCACGGCUACGAAUUCAGAGAAUGGGUCAGGUUAG